AUGAACGGGGGAAAGAGGGAGGAGGGAGGAGGAUGGUGUCGGGGAAGCGGGAGAGCUGUGGCGAAAGUGGGAAGGGGAAGGAGGGAUCGGGGAAAGGGGGCUGCGAUGAAGGGGGGAAGAGGGAGGAGGAGGGACGAGAAGGGAUUGUGCGACGGCGAAGGAGGAAGAGAAGGAGGAGGAGGAGAAAGAGAGAGAUACCGGGUGCUGUCACUGUUCGCCGACGGAGAGGAAGCCGCAGCAUCCACCGUUCGCCGAGGAAAACGCCGCAGCGAUAAGAGGUCGACGGAGGAAAAUGCCGCCGCCGCUGCCGGCUCUCGCCAAGGUACACGCCGCAGUCGCGGUCGCUGUGGAGAGGGAGACAGCUUCACCACUGCAUUUAGGGCACGGGUGCGAAUUUGA